AUGGAGACACCAGACCAUAGUCAGUCAAAUAAAAGUACGAGACCAUACCGUUCGCGACUACAGCCAGCCUGCCACUCCUGCCGAAAACGCAAAUCCCGAUGCAAGACCACGGACUCCUCGAGCGCAUGUGUUACAUGCCAAUUGCACGGGACGGAAUGUGUCUAUCCUCGGGUAACAGAUGAGAUUCCACAGCGGAGUCGUACACCGCGGACGUUGGCGGCCAAGGCGAGGCAGGAUGGCGGUAAUCGGCCAGCAUCAACCCGGACCAGCCAGAUACGGAGGACAGCUUCGAGCUCCAAUUACAGUCCACAGCUGUUCCAACCACUUCCGGAUACAGAAAUUCACACUACUAAUACGGCAGUAAGGCCUUCAGAGACAUUAGGAUCUUCUAAAGAGACCGGACAAGGCGGCCUAUUCUCCAACUUCAUGGGCAUCGUGGCCGAGACCGGGGAUGAUAGCUCUCACAUCGUCAGCCCGGCAGUCGCAAAUGACAACGAUGUUCUGGAAAGCUAUCUAUCUACAAUACCCGGUGCUCGUAGGCGAUGUCUGAUCCGGCCUAGCUUCGACUCCGGAAGAGCUAUCAAGCCGGUACUUUUCAAUACCGUCUCGAGACGACCGCUAGGUAUGAACACGAAGCAAACCCUAGCGGCAACGAAGUGCGAAUAUAUUGAGAAAUAUCUCGAGCCGGGGGUGGCAGAUGUUGUUGACUUGUUCUUCCAGAAUGCAAACAUAUGUUUCCCGAUAUUCGACGAAGCAUCCUUUCGAAACGCCUACCGCACGCAUAAAGAAAAAAUCUCACCAGCACUCCUUUGCAAUCUAUACGCCAAUGCGUUAAUCUACUGGGACAACUCACCCAGACUGCGCUCCGUUCGCUCACCUGAUAUCCGCUUCAUCUGGAACCAAGCCAACGAGGCCCUCCAUUCAGAGCUGUGGUUGUGCCCGGGGAUAUCAACAGUCAUGGCAAUUAUCCUUAAUGUCUGCGGCAGACCGAGUACCUCGAUUUUUGGUAAUGGAGGAAUGAUCGGGACGGCGGUUGCUUUGUGCAAUGCAUUGGGUCUCAACCGUGACCCUUCGAACUGGAAUAUAUCACCGCUAGAGAAGAGGUUUCGGAUCCGAAUUUGGUGGUUGGUUAAUGUGCAUGACUCUUGGUGCAGCUUAGCAUAUGGAACACCACCCCAAAUCAACAGCGCACAACAUGACGUCCCCUUCCCACGAUUAGAGGACCUCUGUGAGGCCUCUUUCACAUCAGAACGAAAAGCAGCAGCCUCCAUAUUCAUCGCCCUAACGACCUUAACCGCCGUCCUGGGCCGCUACCUCGAACACAUCUACCAAGUCUCCAAAACCAACCUCCCAUAUCCUCCGGAAAUGCAAUCUACUACAUAUUUCGAACAUAUCCUCAGCAAAUGGGAAGAAUCAUUACCAGAUGACAUCCGCAGACUAGUCCUCCGCGGCACACAUCUAAAUGCACCAGGAGCAGCAAAUUUCCGACUAGCUUAUCUAGCAGUGAAGCUUCUCCUUCGACGCAUCCAGCUUGACCUCGAUACAAAAGACGCUGCCGUUCACGUUGAAGAAGACGCAACCACAUCGCAAUUUUAUCUACAAGCCCAGCGAGCAGCUGAGGAUAUCGUACAUCUAAUCCAGGAACUAGACGAAUCUCAUUUCCGGGGGUUCUGGAUCCCCGUUAAUGCAUUCUCGCUAACCUCAGCCACGACGUUUCUGCUACGCAGUGGUCUGCGAAUGGGGACUUCCACGUUAAGCAGUCGUAACGCACCCCUAAGGAUAGCCAGGGAGAUGAUCAACACACUACAUUCCCAUCGAUUACAUUUUUCGUGGGACCUUGCGGACCACUGUCUUGCUAGUUGUAGUGAAUUGGUGGAGAAGAUUAGUUCCGUUGAGGCAGGGGGUGAUGGAUUGGGGGAUAUGGGAAUUUUGGACUUUGAGAAUCAGGUUGAUGUGGAUUUAUCGGCGUUGGAGGAUUUUUUGGAUGGGUUCCCGGGUUUUGUGGAUGGGCUUGAGAUGCCGAUGCCUCUUUGA